CACCCUCUGACAGCGCCGCUCCCGGGGGCUUCGAGUUUUGGCUCCCGGGAAAGGGUCCAUUCCUCGGGGAGAGAGGGCUGAGUUUUGUGCGCCUCCGUCCGCUGCGCGCGCCGCUCCAGGCCCCGCCGCGCCCCGCCUGCGCCCGGGACUGCGCCGCGGCACUCACUGCCCCGUUUAUUUGUCUUUGGAGCAGGCGGGCCGCGCCAGAAGCGGGCGAUCCCGCAGUGCCCUGCAGCCGCGGACGCCGCCUGGCUAGGAUGACACCACGUUGAGCGCGCCUGCAAACAACAACAACAACAACAAGCGCCGCCGCGGCCACCGCGUCCUGCUCCUCCGAAGCGCCGCCGCCGCCGCCGCCGGUGGAGCCGCCGGUGGAGCCGCCUCCGCGCCCCCGGCCGUCCGGAGCGCCCAGCCGCCGGUGUAUGUCGCGCCUGCCCGGGACGGGCUGAAGCCGGCGGCGGGCCGGACCGCAGGCGCCGAGCAGGGCCAGCGCGGCCAGGGCAGCCGCCUGCCGCCGAGCCCCCCAGCGCCGCUGCUCGCGGAAGUGCUUUCGGCCGGGAGCGGCGGCCGCCGCCAGCAGUUUUCAUGUUUGGGAUUCAGGAGAAUAUUCCGCGCGGGGGGACGACCAUGAAGGAGGAGCCGCUGGGCAGCGGAAUGAACCCGGUGCGCUCGUGGAUGCAUACGGCGGGGGUGGUGGACGCCAACACAGCCGCCCAGAGCGGCGUGGGGCUGGCGCGGGCGCACUUCGAGAAGCAGCCUCCUUCCAACCUCCGGAAGUCCAAUUUCUUCCACUUCGUGCUGGCGCUCUACGACAGGCAGGGGCAGCCGGUGGAGAUUGAAAGGACCGCUUUUGUGGACUUUGUGGAGAAAGAGAAAGAGCCCAACAACGAGAAAACCAACAACGGCAUCCACUAUAAACUCCAGUUGCUCUACAGCAACGGAGUCAGAACGGAGCAGGAUCUGUAUGUUCGCCUCAUAGAUUCAAUGACCAAACAGGCCAUCGUCUACGAGGGCCAGGACAAGAACCCGGAGAUGUGCCGCGUGCUGCUGACCCACGAGAUCAUGUGCAGCCGGUGCUGCGACAAGAAGAGUUGUGGCAAUAGAAAUGAGACACCCUCAGACCCUGUGAUCAUUGACAGAUUCUUUCUAAAGUUUUUCCUCAAGUGCAAUCAGAACUGUUUGAAGAAUGCAGGCAACCCCCGGGACAUGCGAAGAUUCCAGGUUGUCGUGUCCACCACGGUCAACGUGGACGGCCACGUGCUGGCCGUGUCCGACAACAUGUUUGUGCACAACAACUCCAAGCACGGGCGGCGGGCCCGCCGCCUGGACCCGUCAGAAGGUACGGCCCCUUCUUAUCUGGAAAAUGCCACUCCGUGCAUCAAGGCCAUCAGUCCCAGUGAAGGCUGGACCACGGGGGGCGCGACCGUGAUCAUCAUUGGAGACAACUUCUUCGACGGGCUUCAAGUCGUGUUUGGGACGAUGUUGGUGUGGAGUGAGCUGAUCACGCCCCACGCCAUCCGUGUCCAGACCCCACCGAGGCACAUUCCUGGAGUCGUCGAAGUCACCUUGUCCUACAAGUCCAAGCAGUUCUGUAAAGGUGCUCCAGGGCGGUUUGUCUACACCGCCCUUAAUGAACCAACCAUAGAUUACGGCUUUCAGAGGUUGCAGAAAGUGAUCCCGAGACAUCCAGGUGAUCCCGAAAGGUUACCCAAGGAAGUGUUGCUCAAGAGGGCGGCCGACCUCGUGGAAGCCUUAUACGGGAUGCCCCACAACAACCAGGAGAUCAUCCUGAAGCGGGCGGCUGACAUCGCCGAGGCGUUGUACAGUGUCCCUCGCAACCACAACCAGAUCCCCACCCUGGGCAACACCCCCGCGCACACGGGCAUGAUGGGCGUCAACUCAUUCAGCAGCCAGCUAGCGGUCAACGUCUCAGAGACGUCACAAGCCAACGACCAAGUCGGCUACAGUCGCAACACGAGCAGCGUGUCCCCGCGAGGAUACGCGCCGAGCAGCACUCCCCAGCAGUCCAGUUACAGCUCAGUCAGCACUAGCAUGAAUGGAUACGGAAGUGGCGCCAUGGCCAAUCUAGGCGUCCCGGGCUCGCCUGGAUUUCUUAAUGGCUCCUCCGCUAACUCUCCCUACGGCAUAGUGCCGUCCAGCCCCACCAUGGCAGCCUCUUCGGUCACCCUCCCUUCAAACUGUAGCAGUACACACGGCAUUUUCUCAUUCUCACCUGCCAAUGUCAUCUCUGCAGUGAAACAAAAGAGCGCCUUCGCGCCCGUGGUCCGGCCCCAAGCCUCCCCUCCUCCUUCCUGCACCAGCGCCAACGGGAACGGACUGCAAGCAGGCGACACAGCCCCCCAGCCCCCACUGGGUGUGCCUAGGAAUGACCCCCGCUUGAUCAGCCUCCGCAAGCAGAGGCUUCCUCUUGGUUGACAAAACCCAUUUCCCCAUCCUUCCGAGACGACUUCUGUGUCCUCAUGCUAUGUCUGGGCUGGUAGUCCCACCCAUGUGAGGGGCGCUGUUACCUGCCGCCAAGCAGCGUCCAAGGAUGGACUUCAGGGGCCACGUCAGGACACGCGAGGUGCUGACGGGACGGUGUCUUCAGCGCGUCAGCAGCGGCCGAAAUGCUACACGAGACUUUGUUUAAAGAUUUUAUUUAAACUAUUAAGAAUCAACAUGCAAACAACCUACUCCUUCAUGAACAAUUCCAUUUUACUGACUGAACUUUUCUCAUAUUUUCACAUUUCUCAGUCCUGAAGAAUAAGGAGAACAAAGCAACGCCUAUUUUGUAUAAAGUUUCUGACUCCGUCUUGGCUAUGUCUAGUACUUGCUAUGUGUUGGGAGAAACUUUGUGAAUGCACCAUUUUGAUGAUCAUAAAACACUGAUGAAAAACGCCUCCAGACAUUUUUCAGUACUCAUACUUCUUAGAUUCACAAUGGUUGUGUAUCUCUAUAAUGUGAAAUAUUUUUUUGUGGUGACAAAAGGGGGCCAAGGAGGUCUGAGCCAUCAAACUGGAAGAAAGGAGACUAUAUGGUUAGGAGAGCUGGGGUGGCGGGGGAGGGGGGAGGGUUUAUCAUUGCUUAAUUCAUCUUAAUGAAAUGGAACUUUGUAACUUAUUGUAGUUAGAAAUUGUAACUUUGAUAUUGAAUUCUCUUGCCUUCAACAAGCACACUGACAGAGGAAAAAAAAAAAGCUACUGUCUGUUGGUUAAAUACCCCACUGCUAGCGCUUCCUGUUAAGCAAGUGUGACCUGCGCGUUUUUUUCACUUUGCUAGCACUGUAUACUAUUGCAUUCUUAGGCUACUGUGAGGUCCAUGUUUCUUGUAACAGAAGUUGUCCUUUUGACUUCUAGAUCCUUCUUCCCUGAUGUGUUUUGUAUGUGGUUAUAAAAUUGUAGACUUUUGUGAUUUUGCCAAAGUUGUAGCUAAAUAUUUAUACACUUGUCUUGAAUUUUUUUCAGAUCCACUUAAAUAUUUAGAGAGAAAAAAAAGUUUUAUUCCUUAUGCGUCUUAUAAGGAAUAAAAUGGUCUCCAUUCAACACUUACUUUUCCAUGAACACUUGCUGUUGCUAAGGGACUUUAUUUUGUAACAUAUCAAUUAUAAAUAUUGUAUUUAUCUUCGAGAUUUUGUACAUUGCUUUUCCUUCCGUUUUCGGUUCCGUUUCCUUGUCUGUGUUGGUUUUCGAUCAUGGGCUGGUGUGUGAUGCUGGAAGAGCAUUCAGCCAAGAACUGUCUGUCUGAUCCGUUCUGUUCAGUGAACCAGCGUCCUUGCAUUUCAUUUGUACUUCCAGAAUUUGCUAUUGUUUAGACUUUCCGUCUUUUUUUUUUUAAUUUUGAGGAAAAGUCAAAUUCAUUGUUUAUUUUUAUAUUAUUUUUUAAGUUAUCUGAACAAAUACUUUUGAAGGAAAAAAAAAAAGUUCGUUGUAUAGUCAGAACAAAAGCGGCGCCACCCGGCUGUGACAAGCCCCAGUAGACUCCGUGCAUGUGGAACGGCCGCGAAGAGGCAACACCGUUUGGGGCCGCGUCCUUUGUUCAUCGUUGUUUUUUUUUGUAGAAUGUAAAAAGUCAUUUUAGCUGCCACCCAUGACUUUGCCACAUAGCUGAACCGUGUUUACUGGAAAAAUUCAGAGGCCUAAAGUUUAAAAUAAAAUUUACUUCUGAUGUUUUAAUUAAAACGUUUGCCACAUUAACUUCUCCGAUGCCUUAAAAGUGGACUUCUUUAAAGAACCUUUGUGCUAUCUUCUCACAGGCUAACACCACGAUUGUUGAUCAAGAUAAAUCAUUUGGAGAGUCAUGGUGACACACACACGCACGCACGCACGCAAGCACAAGCCCCACGGGCCCGUGUCACCGCUCUCUGCAUCUGGGUCUGCUGUGUCCUGCGUCCUCCUGAGCCCACCCCAGACUCAGAGGCCCCCGGGGACCCACAACCACCCCUUGUCCAGAAUCCCCUUUGAACAAUACCUUUCCUGUGGUCAGACCCCAACAGCCACUGUCUGAACUUUCUGGACUGGAAUGCCUUCCUGACACUGCUUGUUAGUGCCAAACCCGCGGUGAGGCCAGGAGGGCGUGUGCUUUUCCCUUUGCGGACACAGCACGGCCAACACUUUGCAGCAGAAAUCAAAUCUAAAACAAAAAGGAGGGACUUCUUAAAAUUCUCUUGAGAAAGACCAAAACAAAACCAUGCCAGACUUAAAAGUGUUCAUUUGAGGGACUAAAUGGAAGAAUCGGAACAUCCCGGAGGCCAGCGGUCACACUCUGGCCCUGUGACCGGCCUGAGGAGUCACUCUGGAACUCGCCUCCGGUUUAUUUUGUAUACGUAAGGGUUUGACCUAAAAACGAGCUCAUGUGUACGCAUUAGGGACAUUUGUGAGUCUGCUCACCCCGUACUUGUUUGGGUCUUAGAGUACCUAGUCGCCCUCACGGCAUAUUUGUCUCAAAACUGAGCGCUCCACUAAAUGCUAGCUUUUACUGUUGAAGACCCUACAAUAAGAUUGUUUUAUCUGUACAUUUUUUUUCAGAUAUUUAACUGUAUAAAAAUGUUCAUUUUACACGAUAUUUAAUUAAAGUAUUUCUUGUCUGUGAAUUUCA